AUGGUCAUUAAAGCAAGGAGGACUUAUAUCAUUGUGGAUGAGGUACUAAAACCUUGCGAAAAUGCUGCCGAUAAAAAUGACUUAUUUGACUACUCGAACAUGCAAAUCAUCCCUGAGAACGACACGCACACAUUCUUAAAUGGAACCAUUAAAUUUCUGAAGGAAAUGACCGACACUUGGCACUUGCAUCUACACACUGAACAUUAUGAACGUGGAAAGUUUCUGCCUCAAGCUUAUGUUCAGGACAUUGCUGAUUACUGCAAGGAAAUCCACAAUCCAGUUCAACCUUGGUUUUAUGCGACGAAGGAUCUUAAAGGAUGUCCGGUUCCUAAAGAUCAUGUCUACGAAAUAAACAUGGUUCCGAUUGAGUUCCCUAAAGCAACGAUGGCAUUGCUUCCAAAUCAUUACGAAGGACGCUGGCGAUUGAUCAUUGAUGGAAUAUUUAACUCUGGAGGAGUCGAGUCAUAUGAAUGUAAAAUGGGAUUCGGAAAUCUUUACAUUGAGUAA